UGUGAAUUCCAGUUUAAGGUGAAUUUGAGAGGCUUUGGUCAAGUCCAUGUGACUGAAGUGUUGGAAGAGCACUAACUCGAGGUCACCUUGUGCUGAGGCUUGACUGCUCUUUGAGUCAGUCUUUGCACUUACAUAGUAGAAAGUAGCAUGGAGAGGAGUGGGAGGAGUGGGCAAGGCAGAGAGAGCCCUUCGGUGUGUAAGUAUUGGAUAUGGUUUCUUUCAUAGGCAGAACAUCAACCUUGCUCUGUUUAGGAAAGAACCUGUGGUUUCACAGAAGGGUUGUCUUAAUCACUAAGUAUGGUUGAAUUUACAUCUUGCUCCUUUUUGGAGGCAUAAUUUCAUUGACACCUCCUCAACUGCUUUACUUAGAUGGAUGCUGUUUGCUGACAGAAUUCCAAACAAUCCAAAGCGGCUCUCUGAUUGAAGGCAUUGGCUGCUCCUGAGUCACUGUAGAGAGGCUUGUUUUGGGUUUGGACCAUCUUUAGUAUCCAUCCCGGUUAAUUCCAGCCAUUGGGGUAUGCUGGUUGGUAAUUCCCUCUUCUGUAUGAAAUUUCCCUUAGAAUUAAAGUCCCAGGUGCAUUUUAUUGCAAAUUAGGCAAGUUCCUAGAUUUUCCUUACAGUCAGCUUUGAGGCUUUACUUCAGUCAGGUGUAGGAGGUCAGUCUAGGUUAGAUUCUGUAAUGAAUAAAAGGGUAGUAAUGGAGGGACAUCCCACAUAGGUGACUGACUUCCCUGAGUACUUUCUGGUGUGGUUGCUGAGAGGUCUCAGCUGAGUUUCUAAAAUGUAUCUGUUGGGAUUAUCAUCUGUUGGAUGUAUCUUGUGAGUAUUGUAUGGAAGUUAGGUGAGAAAAGACACUCCCCCCCACCCCACCCCCGAAAUCUUUACUCUGCAUUUGGCUUUGGGGAUGGGCUGGUCUCAUGGCUCUUUGUACCUUGUCACUAUACCACCCACUAAAGUAGUUUUUCUUGCCUCUAGCAUAGUUUAUUCAAAUGGAAGUUCAAUAUUCAGCCCUUCCAAAAACUGCAUAGCUCAUCCAGUCUACUGGAGGACUUAUUAGAGAAGGGAGCCUUAGAACUUCAGUUCAAUAAAUGUCUCUGCAACUCCAGUCUUGCCGGGCAGGGGCUAGGUGCACAGUUGGCAAUUCUCAAAAGAUCUCUAAGUAAAUUUUCUGACAUAGCGAUUGAUAACAGGACAGUCAGAAAAAGGCAAGAUUAAAAAGUAGCCCUUCCCUCUCAAUGGUCAUGGAAGAGAUCCGGAGAGUGCCUGGAAUGGCGGGUGCACUCUCUUUGGGGUUGGGACUGUGGUGGCGGUCACCCGAGGAUCUACACCCUGCGUCCCCGCCUCGCCCCUCCCCCGCGUCCGCCACCCCGCACGCCCGCAGAGGCUGGGCUCCGCCAGCUCAGCGCAGAGUUGCAGCGGUGGCCGGAUGCCAAGUGAUCUUUUAUCAAGCAGAAAUGCAUCGAACAACCAGAAUCAAGAUCACUGAGCUAAAUCCCCACCUAAUGUGUGUUCUGUGUGGAGGGUACUUCAUUGAUGCCACUACCAUAAUAGAAUGUCUACAUUCCUUCUGUAAAACAUGUAUUGUGCGUUACUUGGAGACCAGCAAGUAUUGUCCUAUUUGUGAUGUCCAAGUUCACAAAACUAGACCACUCCUGAACAUAAGGUCAGAUAAAACUCUUCAAGAUAUUGUAUACAAAUUAGUUCCAGGGCUUUUCAAAAAUGAAAUGAAGAGAAGAAGAGAUUUUUAUGCAGCUCAUCCUUCAGCUGAUGCUGCCAAUGGCUCCAACGAAGACAGAGGAGAAGUUGCAGAUGAGGAGAAGCGGAUUAUAACUGACGAUGAGAUAAUAAGCUUGUCCAUUGAGUUCUUUGAUCAGAGCAGAUUGGAUCGGAAAGUAAAUAAAGAGAAGCCUAAGGAAGAGGUGAAUGAUAAACGGUACUUACGAUGCCCAGCAGCAAUGACCGUGAUGCACUUGAGGAAGUUUCUCAGGAGUAAAAUGGAUAUACCUAACACUUUCCAGAUCGAUGUCAUGUAUGAAGAGGAGCCUUUGAAGGACUACUAUACACUAAUGGACAUUGCCUACAUUUAUACCUGGAGAAGAAAUGGCCCUCUACCUUUGAAAUACAGAGUUCGGCCAACUUGCAAAAGAAUGAAGAUGAGUUUACGCAGUUGGAUGAUCUCCAACUCUGUUCUACACCAGUUCUCCGUGAGCGGCCGAGCGGCCGAGCGCAGGCCGCGAGGACCCGGGAGGCCAUUUUGCGCGUGCGCCGCUCCUCUCGCACCGCCCGCCGGCUCCCGGGACGCCGCUCCCGCCAAAUUUGAACGCGAGCUCAUCAGGCCGGGCCGGGCUCCUGAGGCCGACGGACCGACCCUGCGGGCCAGCCGAACCGGAGCUCGGGGCGACAGCGGCCAAAGCCGCGGGGCUGCUGCCUCGGGACGCGCGCGGCCUUCGCUCUGCAGCCGUGCACGCCUCGGGACCGCGCGGCCGUCAGGGCGCGCCCGGAGUACCGCGUGGGCGCCUUACCCCGAGGCUGCACGACAGUUACCCUUUGUCCCCUCCUCUCUGCACGCCUUAGUUGCACAGCCACUGCCCGGUCACCAAGGAGGCGCCUUUGGAGCCUGGCGUCCGGGUGUUGUUGGACGGAUUUGA